AUGGCAUCAUACGACCCGUAUGAUCACCCGGCCCGGGAGCGCUCCCGUUCCACAAGACGCUACUACCGCGAGGAGCGCCGCGGCGAUGACAGAGACCCUCGGUACACCGGCGGCGCUGCCGACCAAUACCUCAACGUCAACCACGAUUUGAUUCCUCGCCCCCGUGAGGAUUCCGUCGAGGAGAUCCGUCGUGACUUCCCUCCGCCCGGAUACUCUACUCGGGAUAUGCGCCGCGCCCGCUCUGCCGAUCCCGGCUACUAUGACGACCACGAUGAUCACCGGUCCCGUUCCGGCCGGGAUUAUGACUACGACUACGACCACCGAGAGGAGAAGAAGAAGUCCCGGUUGGGCAACAAGGAGCAGCUUAUCGCUGCGCUGGCCGGCGCCGCCAUCGCCAUUGGUGGAAAGGAGCUCUACGACCGCAAGGAAGCCAAGGACCAUGGUUCCGAUGUCCAUCGCAACGUUCUUGCCUCGGCCGCUAUCGGUGCUGCUGGAGCUUUUGCGGGCUAUCAAGGCGCGGACUUCUACAACAAGCAUAAGGAAAGAAGGCCCCAUUGUGCCAAGGACAACAAGGGCCACAAGAACUUCCUCGAGAGUGCCCUUGCCGCUGCUGGUAUUGGCAGCACCUUGAAGGCCUUGGCGGGAGGCAGCAGCGGCAGAGAUGAUAGAUCUGAUACUAGAAGUGUCAGGAGUCGUCGCAGCAGCCGUUCGCGAUCUCGCUCCCGCGGGGGCGAUCCCGCCAAGAAGAUCCAGAAGGCUGCCAUGGCUUCCCUCAUCGCUGGUGCCACCGAAGCCUUCCGUGUCUCUAAGGAGCCAGGUGGAUGGAAGGGAGAAAAGGCCAAGCGCAUCCUUACAGCCGCAGCGGGUGCUGCUACUGUGGAUGCUGCCAUGAAGGGCGACAAGGCGGGCAGCAAGCUUGGUUUGGCCGAAUCUGUCAUCGGUGGCCUGCUUGGCAACCGUGUGCUGAAUGGUUCAAAGAAGAACAUUGAGGAGGAUGAGAAGACCGGUCGCUCUCGAUCGCGAUCUCGUGCCCGCUCAGGCUCCAAGGGUCCCGGUGGGCUUGCCGCUAUCGCGACUGCCGGCCUCGGGACAUACGCUGCCAAGAAGCUCAGCGACCGAUCUAGAUCCCGACGCCGGAGCACGGACUCGUAUGACAGCCGCGAUGGCUCACGCGAUAGACGCCAUCGCAGUCGCAGCCGCAGCGUCGUCGACUCAGCGCGCAAGGGCCUUGCCAAGCUAGGCCUUGGAAACGGACCAGACGACGAUGAGCGCGACCGCCACGACCGCAGACACUACGACGACUACGCAGACUCUUCUCGAAGCGGACGCCGGCACCGAGACUACUCAGACGACGAGCGCUCCAGAAGCGGUCGUAGCCGCAGUCACUCAAGGGGAGGAGGAACGGUGGCGAGAAGACGCGAUGGAUCAGUCUCCUCAUCCGACCUGGGAGAUUCAGAUGAGGACAGAAAGAGGACCAAGAAAAUGAGAGGUAAGCAAAUGAUCACUACAGGUUUGGCAGCUGUGGCGACCAUCCACGCUGCCUACAACAUCUACCAGAGCGUGGAGAAGCACGGCGUACGUAAGAAGGCAGUGAGGGAAGGGAAGUUGAGUCCGGAAGAUGCCAAGAAGCUGAAGCAAAGAGCGGUGCUGCAGGAUGCCGCAUCAGCCAGCAUCGCGGCUCUGGGCAUCAAGGGCGCCAUCUCGGAGAUGAAGGAGGCUCGCGAGGUGAUGCACGAGACGCGCGAGUGGAAGAGGAAGAAAGAGGAGAGGCACCGCAAACGGCUCGAAAGACUGCGGGCAAUGGCAAACCAGGCAAAUGACUUUGACGGGGACGGCCGUGGUGACAUUGUCGACUUCGGCAGACGCAAGGCUGACAACUGGUCCUCUUCAGCGCCGCCCAAGGCGACACACCUGGAGGAUGGUCCCCAUUACACUGAUGGGAAUCCAUACGGCGCCGUCAUGCCUCGCGCUCCCUCUCCUCCGUCGGGAAACACUCCUGGCAGGACUUGA